AUGGGAGUGACUUCUAUUGAAAAAGUGGAACUUGCCGCCUAUCAAUUGAAGUAUGUUGCACAAAUUUGGUUUACCCAAUGGAAGGCCAAUAGGCCGGUUGGAGCGGUUCCCAUAGAAUGGGAGUUGUUUAAAGAAGCAUUCCUUGGUAGGUACUUUCCCCGUGAGAAGAGGGAGGUUAAGGUAGAGGAGUUUAUCAACCUUAGGGAAGGUAACAUGAAUGUUCAAGAGGACUCUUUGAAAUUUACCCAAUUGUCUAAGUAUGCUCCGGUGUCUAACCCAAUAGAUGAGAUGAGUCGAUUUGUUACGGGUAUAUCUGACCUAGUUGAGGAAGAGUGCCAUACGGCUAUGCUCCAUGAUGAUAUGAAUAUUUCUAGACUCAUGGUGUAUGCUCAAUCUAUUGAGGAGUCCAAACUUAAAAGGAAGAAUAGGGAGUUGAAGAGAAGUAGAUCCGAUGAGCUAGGUCAACCUAGUUGUGGAAAUAAGCAUUUUGGGAAGUGCCUAGCCGGUAUUAGUGGGUGUUAUGGUUGUGGAAAGAAUGAUCACCAAGUGAAAGAUUGUCCUACUCUUACGGCUAGAGAAAGGGAGGCCAAACAAGCUUCUCUUAAAGGCCCGGAUCUAGAUGUUCCAAAGUGGAACCGUUUCUAUGCUUUUCAAACUAACAAGGACAAAUUAGCUUAUCCGAAUGAAGGCACCGGUAAGUGA